AUGGCUUCAGUGGCUAGACCUAUGAGCCAAAUGAGAAAAAUCGAAACUAAAGAAGCUCUUUUCCGGGCCCGAAAGCGAAUUCUGAGGUACUUGGUGCUGGGUUUCCUGAAACAGGAAGGAUUCUUCCACACCGCGGAGACAUUCGCAGACGAAGCUUCUCUUACUGGGGAGUACGAAGUGUGUGAUAAUAUUGACUUGGACAUCAUAUUGCAGGACUACUGCAGCUACUACCUGAUCCGGUUCAACAAGCAGCCUCAGUUCUGUCGGAAGGUGGAACAGCCGGUCCAAAGGCCCACCACCAGGAAAGUGAAGCCAGCUCGCGUACUCGACGAACCACAGAGGGAUACUGAAGCUGAUCUGCCCUCUACUUUCACUAUUACCAAAAUGUGUGGGGACGAUCGGCCUCAAACCGCAAUUCCGGCUAUUGAAAGAAAGUCAUUAACUGGUUUCUUGGCGAACAUGCCGCCCGAGAAGAAGCAACUGGUCGAGUUACUGUACCAGGACAUCAUAAGACCGUCGGGGGUGGCGUGGGAUGACAUCAAAGGCUUGUCUUCAGCGAAGAACCUGCUUAUGGAAUCAGUUGUUUACCCCGUAAGAUAUCCAGAAGUAUUCACUGGCCUUUUGGAGCCCUGGCGAGGGGUGCUUCUACACGGGCCUCCCGGGACAGGCAAGACCAUGUUGGCAAGAGCGGUGGCCAGCGAGAGUUCCUGCACAUUCUUUAACAUAUCAUGUAGCACUAUCAUUAAUAAGUGGAGAGGAGAAUCUGAGAAAAUUAUAAAGGUGCUCUUCGAAAUGGCAUCUUAUUACGCUCCGUCUAUAAUUUUCAUAGACGAAGUGGAGACCAUAGCUUCCGAUAGAUCCACGCCUGGGGAACAUGAAGCCUCUAGAAGAAUGAAGGCCCAACUCCUGACUGAGCUCGACGGAAUAAGUGAGCGGGAAGGAGUGGUGUUUCUACUUGCAAACUCCAAUAUGCCUUGGGAGUUAGACCCGGCUAUGCUUCGAAGACUGGAGAAGCGUAUAUACAUCCCACUGCCAGACUUCAAGACACGCACAGAAUUGUUCCAGACGUUUCUAAAUUCCAAGAACAUAGAGCUUUAUCCGAAGGUGGACUUCAACGACUUAGCAGCCAAGACUGAAGGGUAUUCUGGCAGUGAGAUCAAGUUGGUGUGCAAGGAAGCUCUCAUGUCUACAGUGAGAAAACUGCUGCCUAAUAUGAAUAGGAAAAGUAGCGGCGUGACUCGGAAGGAUAGACUAGACUUGUCCGAUAUAUUGACAGCUAUAGAGAAGACGAAGCCCGUAUCCAAGAACUUGGCCAAAAGACACAUCGACUGGCAAGCACACAUGGGCUGUUCUUAGUUCCAACAAGCAAGUUAAAUACUAUUUUUGCUCCGUUACUUUAAAAUAGAAAUUUGCGUCAGUUUAUUCGUAAUCAAAUUUUUACUUCUUGAUUUCAAGAGUCCUCAUUAGUCUAUAAUUUUUCAUAAGUCUCUUUUAAUAAGUUUAUUUUACUAAUAUUUAAAAUCAUGCUUGUGAAAAUAAAACACGUAUAUUUUUUAAAGAAUUUAUUUAAUUUAAUGACGACAUCUAAACCAACAUCGCUUGCUCUAUACAAAAUAUUUAUUUAAAAAUACACAGCUUAGGAUAUCAUACACAGCUCAAUUCCUGCUUAUUCCAUUCCUUAACAAAAAUACAAACCGUGGUCUUACGGGUAAACCCACGGAGGCGAGGUACAUUUUUUAAGCCUUUAAAGGCAAAGUACUAACAACCUAAACUUAGUUUCAUUUAGCUAGUCAAUAACGCAUUUUAAGAAUUCACUGCCAAUGAUUUCCAUAAAAUCAGGGCGUUCGGGCUCUGCGGUGAAACAAUAUGACCUAGCGAUUAUUAAAAAGGUACUUCAUUUAAUUGGGAGUGUUCUUAUUUGUGGGUUGAUGAGUGGAAUCAUAUUACUUUCUAAUAUUACUUUAAACUUAAAGAUAUUGCUUUAUUCAAUUGUGUCAGGUUGUUCUUAGACAUUUUUCAGUCGCAAGAUCCUUUGAAGUCUUUAAGUUUAAUCGUUUUAGGAUUCAAACUUACGUUGCAACUUACCUUACGCGCUGUGUUGCCCUUAUUACAAUUGUUUUAAAC